GAGAAAUAAGGAAGCAUUCUGAAACUUGAAAGGGGAAACUACAGUCAGUUAAAAAAAGCUGACAGAUAUUCAUUGUCCAUUCCUUUCUACGGACCGUUCUGGAGUCUCCAUAAUCACAAGAAAAUGAUAUUUGUGUUCAUGUUGAUAUGUACCACUCACUCGUCUCAAGGCCUCAUCUGGGAUUGGAGAAAGCUCCCAUGUGAUAUAACACUUUCCAACAGCUCUGUUGUCUUGGACUGCUCAGAAAGAUCUUUGAAAAAAAUCCCGAAAAACCUGAUUUGGAAUACAACUGAACUAGACUUUGCAAACAAUGAAAUACAUUACUUCCCAAAGGAUGCCUUCUGGAAUCUGACUACCGUUAGACGGAUAAACCUCAGAAAGAAUCAGAUUGAAAAAUGCCUUGAAAAAGACCAAGGGGUUUUCUCAAGAUUGGCUAACCUGGAGACUUUGCUACUUGAUGAUAAUAAGAUUUCAGCAAUUCCUCGAGACCUUCCUCCUGGAUUGCAACAGCUGAGCCUCAAUUCCAACCGUAUCAAGAAAAUUGGACCAUCAGACUUUGAAAGAACAAGGAAACUCAAAGUUUUGACAUUAAAUAAGAACUGCUAUCAUAAUGUCAGUAUAGAACUGAUAAUUCACAAUGAAACAUUUCAACAUUUACAGCUAACUGAGCUAGAACUGUCCAAAAAUGGAAUAAAGAAAAUACCAUCGGCUUUACCGAGAUCCCUCAACAAACUCUCACUUCUUCUAAAUAGGAUUGAGCGAGUUCAUGCCUCUGACCUGAGCAACCUAACAAACCUGACAGUUCUUGAUUUGUCUGGAAACUGCCCUUUUUGCUUUACCGCUCCUUUCCCAUGCACUACCUGUCGGACAAAGAAUAACGCUCUACAGAUUCAUCCGGAUGCUUUCAGUGAACUAUCCCAACUGCAAGACCUACGACUGUCUGGAAAUUCUUUAAAAACAAUCCAAUUGUCAUGGUUCCGGAAUCUUACCAAGUUAAAGUAUUUGUAUCUUUCCUUCAACUCAUUGAUAAGUGAAUUUCAAAGCGGACAAUUCUUCAGUGUGUUGCCCCAAGUGGAAGUUGUAGAUUUCUCAUAUAAUAAUCCAUCUCAAACAUUUUACCAAAGAAUGAAUCUGUCAAAAGGCUUUGGUAGUUUGAAAUCAUUGCAAACACUUCACAUGGAAGGCUACAUUUUCCACAAUCUUUGUGAGGAAGAUCUCCGACCUCUCUUCGGUUUGAGAAACCUAUCCGUUCUAAACUUGGGAGUCAACUUUCUCCAACAUAUCAAUCUAUCGGUGUUCAGAAACUUUCACAACCUGUCUUUGCUUUCAUUGAUUGACAACAGGCUAACACUCUCAGAUCCUCUUUGGAGAAAAGAGUGUAGAAAUGACAUCCUUGCUGAUGAGGACGAUGGAGACAGCCGCGAAGACCCCUACAUUCACACAAAUGAAGAGUUCCGCAAUUACCCACCGUUUACCAAAGCCGAGUGUCUGGCAACAGGACCAGUUUUGGACCUCAGUAGGAACAACAUUUACCACAUCAAAAAAACUUACUUCACAGGAGUAGAGAAUACCACAUGCCUCAAUCUUUCCUCCAACUUCAUUGCUUCAUAUUUCAAUGGUACAGAGUUUGUUCACUUUCCCAAGCUGAAGUACCUUGACUUGUCUCACAACAGAGUCUACAUGCGUUCAGAUUCAGCACUGAAAGAACUGAAAGAAUUAGAAGUUUUGGAUUUAAGUCACAACAAACAUUACUUUGAGGUGGCGGGUGUCAGGAACACUCUGACAUUCCUGGAAAACCUCCAGUUCCUAAAAGUGCUGAAUCUCAGUUGGAAUGAGAUAAAUACGCUGACCAAUAAGACUCUGCAGAGCAACUCACUGAAGGAGCUACAGUUUCAAGGCAAUCGACUGGAUAUAAUGUGGAAGAAGGGCCGUGGAUUCAAAGGUAUUUUUAAGUCUCUCUCAAACUUAACACACCUUGAUAUAUCAUAUAACAAGCUUGCUGAAAUACCAGACGAUAUUUUCUUCUAUUUUCCAUGUACGCUAAAAUAUCUUUGCAUGAGCAAGAACAAACUUGCUGAUUUUGAGUGGAAACAGCUCAAAUAUUUACCCCAGUUGGAGACUCUGGAUCUAAGUAUGAACAAAUUGAGUAAAGUCACUAAAAACCUAUCAAAACAUACAAAAUCAUUGAGGGUCAUAGACUUGAGCUAUAAUCUGAUUGUCAAAUUGCAUCACAACUUUCUCAAAGAUGUCGAAAGCCUGAUGAUCCUUAAUCUCGCUUUCAACUGUUUAAAUCAUAUCAGUGACGCAUCCUUCCAGAUAAGUAACGAUCAUUCCCUACACAUACUGAACCUGCAGAGCAACUCUAUCCAUUGCACCUGUGACCUUCUGGACUUCAUUCUCUGGUUAGAGAAAAGUGACACAGUCCUUCCUUAUCUAGCAACAGACAUCUUAUGCGAUCUUCCGGAAUCCAAAAGAGGAUAUCCAAUGGUCAAUCUGGACUUUAAAAAUGCCUGCAUCAACAAUAGUAUCGGUCAAAUCCUGUAUGUACUCACCUCAUCCAUCAUUAUUGUCAUGAUGUCUACAACUAUCGCAAUACAUGUGUUCUACUGGGACAUAUCGUACAUUUAUAAUUUCUGGACAGCCAAAAUGAAAAGUUAUUACUUGAAGAUGACUGACUGCACUUAUGAUGCCUUUGUUAUGUACGACACCAAGGAUCCGAUGGCAGAAGAGUGGGUACUGAACCACUUGCGUUUUGAGUUGGAAGAUAGAGGAAAACGAGUUCGUCCGCUAUGUUUGGCGGAAAGAGAUUGGACUCCUGGUACUCCCAUCAUGGAUAACCUGAACCAGAGCAUACACCGGAGUAGAAAGACAAUAUUUGUGUUGACAGAGGGAUUUGUUCACAGUGGGAUUUUCAAGAUGGCGGCUUUCCUAGUGCAACAAAGGCUUCUGGAAGAGGGCGUGGACGUGAUGGUGCUGGUAAUGUUGGAACCGGUUCUUCGGCAGUCAAGAAUCUUAAACUUGCGACGCUGCCUGUGUGGACACAGUGUGCUGGAGUGGCCCAGAAACCCGGCAGCAGAAGGCUGGUUCUGGCAGAGUUUGAGAAACGCAGUUAGGUUUGAGAGUCAAGGUGGUCAAAGCAAAAUGUUUACAAAUUACUUCAGCGGACGAUGAACUGGAACGAAAUGAGACCCUUCUGUUUAAAUACUUAAGUUGUUAAGAUGGAUUAUUUCUCCUGAGCCAUUUGUGAUUACCAUUAGCAUUGGGGUAGUGUUUACGUUUAUUUGUAUUUGUAAAUGUAUUGUUUAAAAUUGGAACAUUAAUGAAAAUAAAGUGCUACUCAUUAUAAAA